GCCGUCCUUCCACCUGGCCGUGGACAUGCAGAAGUUCAGCUCCAGCACUGUCACGGCGCAGGAGAUGCGCCUCGUCUGGUCCUGGAUCCCCGAGCGCUUCUCGCUCUUCCCCCCGCUCCUGCUCUUCUCCACCUCCGAGGACGGCUGCAGCCUGCAGAGGUUCUACACGUGCUGUGAGGGCUACGAACCCACGGUGCUGCUGAUCAAAACCACCGAGGGGGAGGUCUGUGGGGCGUUUCUCUCCUCCGACUGGGCCGAAAGGAAGAAGAGCGGAGCCACAUCGGGCUUUUUUGGGACAGGGGAGUGCUUUGUGUUCACGGGGGGAUCCCUGCCGGCUCCCAGGAGCUCCGGCUGGGGAUAUCGGUUCAAGUCCGGGCAGGCGAGGCCAGCUCCCCUUGCCCAGCCCAGGGGGCUCCUCCCAGAGCCCCAGGGGGACCCCCGAGCCCGAACCCUGCCGGGGGUCGCUGCCCGGGGCCGGAGCGCCCCUGGCCGCCCUUCCCUCCCUCCCUCCCUCGUGCGGGGGCACCGCAGCCGGGGCUGGACCAGCCCGGAGCGCCGGGCCGAGCCUGCGCUCGCUCCCGCAGGUGGAGGCGGAGGCCAAGCGCUGUCCCUGGACGCCAGCCUGCUCCGGGGACACACGGAGCACUGCGAGACCUUCGACAACCCCCCGCUCUGCCAGGAGAACUUCCAGGUGCAGCUCUUGGAGGUGUGGGGCUUCCAAAGCGCGUAGCUGCCCUGGGGACACCCCCGUGUGCCACCCGGGCACGGGGACCCCUCCCCGCGCUGGCCACCCCCGGCCGGGCUGUGGCCACCGGAGCGGCAGCUCCGCUCUGCAUCGUCCCCUCGGGGCCAGAGCGGGCA